UACAUGAAAGCUAUCCAAAGGUUAAAUAAACUGUUAAUGAACAAACGUUUUAUUUGAGAAAGUAAACAUGAAUGAAAGGUAAAGUGAAAUUACAUUGAACCACUGGAUAUUAGACAAGAUGAGAAUUAAACUAUGUGGUUAGCAGACUGAAUAUUCUGUAGACCAAAAAAGACAAAAACAAUUAGACCUAAUUAAUAACAGACCAAAUAGGUUUAGCCCAUGUAGUAAAAGACUGUCUGAGAAAGGUGGACGGCUGCUUAUAGACCAAUUGGGGAUAUUAACUAAAAAAGUAUAUUACAAAAUUAUAAAAUAGCAGGUGUUGGCCAUGAAAUGUUUCUAUUACAUUAUAUCCUAAUGCUCGGAAUUAUUUAAAUUUUAGAAUUUUGUUUCAUUUUUAAAAUAGGCUUUAAAUUCAUAUUAAUGUGAAAAGAGGGAGGCAGAGAUCUCAAAUGUCUUCCACAAAUUAUGGAAAGAAAUAGAGAUUUCAUAAUAUUAAAAGAAAAAAAAAUCAAGUAUAGUGUUGCUCUGUAAGAAUUGGCUUUAUAGAAAACAUAGUUGCAGAGUGUUAUGGUAUUAAGAACUUUCCAUUUGAAAUAGACUUGUGAAUGUUCACACACAAAACAGAAUUGUAUGACAGCUCUUCAGCUAUUAGUAUUUUUGUGUGAUGUGACAGUCAUGGUUUUGCGAUGGCCACAAAUAACUUCAAACAAAAGAAAGGGAUUGUUUGUGACUAAACACCAUCGAAGUAUGACGAUGGUGAUUAGAUUAAUGAAUCUUCUGUCCAUGAAUCAGGGUGGUUUUAGUCUAUCAGUGAAAUCCAAGGGGGUUGUAUAAUGUGGAAGCCUCUUUCGUUGACCUUUUGUUGAACAGGGUUCAGGGAGCGGGAGGGGGGCAACUGAGAGAAACAAAAGUAAGACAUAGGGGCCCAUUUCAUAAAACUUGUUAGAGUAGCAAUUCUGCAGUGAACAGUUUUAAGCUACUGAAAUCAUGCGAUUUAAUUGGCUGAUAGUGAACUUGUUAUAGAAUGUGUGGAUUUGCUAUUGGAGCGAGUCUUUACGAAACGGGACCCUGAUCUUCGGGAUGAUUCAGUUUGUCAAUGACUACAUAUUCACUUCCUCCCCGGUUCACCCUCGCUUCCUGUCGCAGGAAACCCCCCUCUCAGGCCAAAUGGUAUGGCCCAAACAGUUUGUGCUUGUUUUUCUUUUUUCCCCCACUCUGGAAAGACUUCUGCAGCUGAUACUGCUACUGCACAACAUGCAUCAACUUCCCCAUUACAGCCAAUGAAGUAGGUUAGAUUUCCAUGCCCGUUGGGAAUAGGACUUCAGAUAUGUACCCUUCUAAAGGAGUCUCCAAGUUCUCUGGUAGGGACUUGCAAACUUUUUAAUGCCACUUUUGGAUGCUACUGUUUACAGAAGUUUGCAGGAGUCGCCGGAACAAGCAUAUUUACCCUGCAGGAAUGAUACGUUGUAAACCAGGGAUGGAAUAGACUAACUGCUGCUUAGCUAAUGAAUGUCAUGGGAUGUGAUGAAUACGUUGAUGAGGACUUCCUUACAAAGAUUAUGGAGAUCAUGGUGAUAUGAUGUGCCACUGGGACUUGUUUUGUUUUUAUCUGGAUAGAUCUUAGUCAGUCAUGUGGUGCUGUCAACGUCACAUAUCACUUCAAGUUUCUGUGCUUGGUGAACGUGCAUGACUUGCCAAGUAUUGAGGGGUUUUUCAAGGAGGCUCCAACAUUGCCAACACACAAUUUACGUAGUUUCAGGGGGCAAAAAUAUCUGGGUUUAUAUCUUGUGACUAGAGGAUAUAUUACACAGUUAGUGUGCAUAAUACUUCAGGAAGUGUAUAAAUUGGUUAAAUUUUGACACGAGUUGGAUGUGCUGUGAUAAAAAGUAUCUUGAACAGGAAGGUGUUGAAAUUUCACCCCAUCAUUGUCGGACUUUUACUGUACUGCAUGGAUUUCAUGUUGAAUUGAAAGUUUUCAAUUUGUUUGCAGUUAUUUGCAUAUUGAACAGUAGUUUCAGAGAUGAAUAUUGCAUUCUGAAUACACUGUAGGUAGCUUGGAGAAGGGGAACAUGCAGGCACAUAGUCCCAAGCUGAACCAUCCUCAUGGAUCGGGGAAGAAGGCCAAGCGAUCACUUUCUCAUGAGCAUAUGCGGACACACUCCAAGGAAAGCAAGGACCAACCGGAUCUAAGUGGUGCUAGAUCGGGCAGGGAACCAAAACACUUGCCUCAUCCGAUCGAUAUUGCUUCAAACCACCAUGGAAAGUUUGCAGAAGCCCAUCCCAAUUUUCAAGAUGGGAAAGGGACUUUCUUCAGUAGGGAUGGUCUCCGAUUGAGCAAGGAGAAACAGAGGUCUCAUGAUGCCCCAUGUUCACCCAAAACCAAGGAGUCCUACAUGCAUCUUGCAGAUUCCACAAGAUCUCCGAGACACAAAGAACCAUACAUACACAAUUCCAAUGGGCCACACUCUCCAAGAUCUCCAAUGUCUCCUAAGUCACCUAAAUCACCAAAGAUCAAGGAUUCCCACUUUAACUACUGGCCAAUUUCUCCAAAGAAUGAAUCUUAUAUACAUCAUGCUGAAGUUCCAAAAUCUCCCAAGUCAAAAGAGACAGGUAGGCAUCCCAGUCAUGGACAUCACUCCCCAAAGACAAAGGAUAUGCACAGGUUGCAGGAUCCUGGGUCCCCAAAGCAUAAAGGAAAAGAGACACAUCAUCAAAUCUCCUCAAGUCCAAAUAAGGAAUCAAGGUUUCAACGAACAAAUUCUGCAGAGAAACCUACUCCAGGAAAGAGUUGUGAGAUGGACAAGCCCCAUGACCCCCUGACACCAGUGCACUCUGGCUCACCUCCAGUGAUAAGAUCUAAGGAUUCCAACGGGCAUAUCCAGCUGAGAGAGGCUUACGCUCAUCGUCGAAGAACCGGUGCCAUGUCCCAUCCAAAUUUACACCACAAACAUUUCAAUGGCUGCAAAUCUAAAAGUGAUGAACCGCCAUCACCAGAAUUACCUGCAAAGACUUCCAGGAGAAGAGCUGCUAGCUCUGAGGACACAACCUCCAUUGGAUCCAAGUCACCAGACCUGACCCCUUUGGUUUUAGGAGGGAAGCAUGGCAGCGACUCAGUGGAAUUCAAGAGGCAGACAUCGUUAGAGAUGUCGCCAAUUUCUCCCCAGGGAUUUUUCCAUUCUGAAGAGAGUCUUGACUCUGCUGGACAGAGUUCUCCAGAAUUACCUGCAAGGACACGUCGUAAAAAGUAUGAUAAGCUGUCAAUUGCCCACCAAUCUCCAGAGCUGCCAAUACGUAUGAAUGGAAAAGAAAAGAAUUGCGAUGUCUUUGAAAGUCCAAAGAAGCAAGUGCCAAUUGCAAAUCAUGAAUUCGAAGCAAAGGAUGUCAGUCAUAAUGAUACCAGAGGCAAAUCUAAAAAUGUUUCUUCCCCUGUUAAGAACUCUGGAAAAUCAUCCGAUGGUUCUCAAAAAGGUCAGGAAAUGGAUGGCUGGUCCAGCUUUGGGCUACAAAAGAAAAAUGAACAAAUUGCUGCAAUGUCCGAAGUUGGGACACAAAAGAAAAAUGAUAAAAUGAACUGUGAUUCUGUCGUAGAAGAAAUAAAGCCCAAAGUUGUUGAUCAGUCAACGACAAUGUCCACACCUAUUAUUGUAACCGAUGAUGAAUCCGAGCCACCCACCGGGAACAGAGCCACUUCUGGGGAACAAAACCAAAAGGAACUCCUGGAUAUGAUUGACAAUGAUCGAAGGACCAAGCUUCAUCCAGGCCACCUUGAUGAUCGUUACCUUGGAGGAGGUAUGGUUGGUGGACAUCUUGGGGUCUAUCGAUCAGCAUCCAUGCCAGGAUAUACCAACAGUUCCCGUCAACUUGUCAGUCGGGCCACCAGCAUGACCAGUGGAGGUAGUCUCAGAAGUGGCCUCGCCAGAAGCUCCAUGACCCGUAGGACAGUGCGUCAGAAGCAGACAAAGUCCUGGACCGGCUGUGGUGAUGGCUCUCUGGGAUGUUCUGAUAAUUGGAGGUUCUGUCCAGUGCAUAAGGUAUGCAAUUCAGUGGUAGACGUGGCCGUCAUGCAGGAGGCACACGGCCUCAUCAUGGACAUGCUUGCGGACUCCACCCUCCCACCGAACGUCGUCAGCGGUUUGAAGGCGGUUAGCUCCCUCUUAAGCCCGCCUACUAACUAUAACACGUUACAGAGGCCCAAGAUCAGCCCGUUGGUGGCGCUAAGCGAGAGCAUGUACACGUCAGACAUUGACGAUUCACCCUAUGUAGGAGAGCGCCCUCUAUCAUUACCAAAGAGAUUAAGAAGAAGUUUACCACCUAGCUUGAUACGAAGGAUGUCUACCACUUGGACUACUACUACUUCAGCAACAGGUAUGCCUACUUUAGAACCCCAGCCCCUUAGGACACGCAGCUCCAGCUUCCGUCAUUCACGUGACCUCACAUCAUCCCCAAGCCCAGGCAAUAGUCGUUCAAGUAGCCCCGCCCCAUUAUUGCGGCAAGGAGGCGGAGACGGCUCCCUUAAGUCAAGGUCGUUUUCCGUUGGGACGGGAGGCCUCGGUCAACGUUCCCCCUCCCCGAAUCUAAUGCCUCCCGAUGGUAAGGGAUUACGGUCAUCCUCGCUGCGGGGAUCCCUCGGCGGCAGUUCCGUGCCCACGUUACUCAAAACCGAAAAUGGACAAUCGCCUAGAUUAGACGACACUAUGAUGGCGGCGGAGGAGAGCGAUGAUGACACGUCGCGGCUUGAGGAGCUAUCAAAUCAGCCGAUAACGCUGACGAUAACGCCCGACGAAGCUGCGAAAGACGCAUCAGAGAAUGUGGAGGACACUGAGACCACCGCUGCUCCAACAGACAAUAAUAAUACAAACAAUAUAGAGAAAAGCGAUGAACUUGCUUCACAUGGGUCCUCUCUUAAGCCUCGGGGGAGCGGCAAAAAGAGAGGUAGUGUCACGAUAAGCGAACAUGCUACUAUUAUAGAAGAAGGUAUGGCAAGGACAAUACCAACGGAAGACGUCGCGAUUACGGAAGCGACGGAAGAACAGGAUGAUGAGUUAGCAGCAGAUGAAGCCAUAGAAGAAUUAGAUCCAACACAUGAAGAGUGCCGGGAGCUCUUAGGAAGGUUGGAUGAAUGGGACUUCCCCAUAUUUCAAAUCUCAGAACUAUCAGACAACCAAGUACUUAGUCAAGUUGCAUACAGAUUGUUCACCGAUGCAGGCAUCUUUGAAACAUUCCGAAUCUCACUCCCCGAAUUCAUGAAUUAUUUCCGAGCGCUGGAAUGCGGCUACAGGCAUAAACCUUACCACAAUCGUAUCCAUGCUGCCGACGUCCUCCAUGGCUGUUACUACAUGUCAACGCAGCAGAUCCCUGGUUUCACACAGGUUAACCCAGAAGAUCUUGACCCCAUGGGAAGACAAGAUGAUGACCCAGACAGUUUUCACACGCCGACGGUGACGCCCCGCGCGAGUAUAUCGUCAGAUUCUAGCUAUGGCAUCCUGGCAGGCAAUCUCCCUGCGCUUGAGCUGAUGGCGCUAUACACGGCAGCUGCAAUGCACGACUACGAUCAUCCUGGCAGGACAAAUGCUUUCUUGGUUGCGACCAGCGCUUCACAGGCCAUUCUGUACAAUGACCGGUCAGUUCUGGAGAACCAUCACGCGGCCGCAUCAUGGUCUCUCUUCCUCUCCAAGCCAGAAUUCAAUUUCCUGUCAUCACUGGACGUCGCCGAGUUUAAACGAUUCCGCUUCCUCGUGGUUGAGUUCAUCCUCGCCACCGAUCUCAAGAGGCACUUUGACUUUUUGGUCGAGUUCAACGCAAAGGUAAAUGAUGUAGACGCACCAGGGAUCAACUGGGCUGUGGAGGCUGACCGCUUGCUGGUUUGCCAAAUGUGUAUAAAGCUAGCCGAUAUCUCGGGUCCAACUAAGAUCAAAGAUCUUCAUUGUAACUGGACAUACAGGAUAUCAGAGGAAUUCUACGAACAGGGUGAUGAUGAAAGGCAACUUGGCCUACCCGUCUCCCCCUACAUGGAUCGCAAUGCACCCCAACUUGCCAAACUCCAAGAAGGCUUCAUCAACCAUCUGGUUGCCCCUCUCUGUAAUGCGUACGGAUCGGCCGGUCUCCUACCAGGUAGAUGGCUUGAUGAGGAAGAUGACGAUCAUUCUGCAAAAUCAGAAACCAAGGUAGAGAGCGAGAGGGGAGAUUUCAGCGAUAAAGACAAUGACGACGACGACGUUGAUGAUGACGAUGACAAUGAUGAAGAGUCUAAUGAUGGUGACACUAAAUUGAGGUUGAAGAGCGCCGGCCAGCAGAAGACCCGGAAGAUGGUCAGCAUCUUGACCAAGCAUCUCAAGGAGAACCACGAGAUGUGGCUCAAGGUCUUGAAGGAGGAGGAGGCGGAGAAGAGAAGAACGGAGAAUCCAGACGGUCUUCCCCCGUCACCGACCUCCAAAGACAAAGAAGAUGGAAUGAAUUUAAGUGCAAUCCACACUCCAAACCACGAGAUUAUUAGACAAGUUUUUGUCCCGAGGGGCCAGGACACUUCUCCCAAGGUUGAAAGCGAUGAUCUGGUGUUUGUGGAUGAGGAGGAGGAGGAGUCCAUGAAGUCCAUGGCCCCGAUCCGCGAAGACUCAGAAGAACGCAACUCUGACUGCAGUCGCAGCAUGGAAGGAGACAACGGUCUUACGGACCAAGAACUCAGUGAAGACUGUUGUCACGACAACAAGCCGCAAGAGGGCAGCAGACUAGGAGACAAUCAAAAGGCAGCGGAGGAGACGUGAUCCACACCGAACGACCCAAGUUGCAUCACAGUUGCGUCACUGCUGCAACCAGAAAAAAAAAAAGGCUUGGAGCUAAUGCGUGAACCCUU